UCUCACAUUUCACAGUUACGAACUGUGGUUACGAAUUUCGGUUGGCUUGCUCUGUUGCGUUUACCUGUACCAAAACUCUGUGAUAAAUGAGAUAAAAUACGAAAAGUUUUGCCGCUUGUGAAAAUUAGUAAUUAAAAACAAUUCAUUAUGGCUGAUUCUUCUUACGAGAAAGGAUUAACCGAGUUAUCCAAGAUGAAGGUAGCAGAUUUAAAGUUGGAGUUGAAGCAACGAGGACUGCCCACAACUGGAAAUAAAACCGAGCUGGUAGAACGACUUCAAUUAGCAAUGCAUGGAGAUUCGACUUUAUCACUUGACGAGACUACGGAUGAAAUAUUAGAUGAGGAUGCUGUUCUCGGAGAUGAAGAGAUAGAGGAACUUUCUAGUAAACCCGACUCACAGGAAGUGGGCAAAAAGCGAAAAUUGUCAACAGAAAGUAACUCAGCGAAUUCCAAAAAAAUAGUACUGAAUCGUAAUCCAAUUCUCGAAGACAUCCAAAGUGAGCUAACUGGAAAAGAGAAUAAUAAUAAAUCAGAUACAAGUGAACCUGAAAAGAAGGUUAUCAAACUUUCUCAACUGGGCGUUAAGGAGAGACUGGAAAUGAGAGCUAAGAAAUUUGGUGUCCCUCUAUCUGAGUCUGCAAAGAAAGAAGCUAGGUCAGCCAGGUUUAAUUCAAACACUCAGAAUAGUAAGUCAGCAGCAUCUAUAAACGUUCCAGUGCAUACGACCUUUGAGGUGCUGAAAAAGAGAGCUGAAAGGUUCGGCGCUUCGGUUUCUAGUGUGAUGGAAAAAGCUGAAAUGGAGUCAAGAAUAGAAAAGAGGCGAGCGAGAUUUGGUGAGGUUAAGCCGAUUGAAAAACCCAUAAAAAAAAUUAAGAUAGUAAAAUGAUACUCGAUAUCAUACACUCAAACAAUACUUUAGGUUAAGGUUAUUUUAAGAAAUUCUUUUUCAAUGAAACCAAUAGUCAAACAGUCAUUAAAAAGUAGACGAAAUUUUCAAUAUUCAGUAUGGAUCGAAAAUAUUUACAUUUUUUGAUUAAUCAAUUUCUAAUAGAGUAUUUUACUUAUAAAUGAAAAAAAAAUAAAAACAUCAAAUCAAAUUAUAGCAUUGGUAAUUUUUUCAUUGCCAAACAUUAUUGAUGUAUAAUUCCAAAAUUAUGGAAUCUCUGAAAAUAAAUUCUAGUAAUAGGAAAUGAAGUCCAGAGGCUCCUAUAAAAUCAAAAUAACCUGCUGAUCGCUGUCACAAAAAUGUGCUUGCGUUGAAUGGAACAUUGAUAAUAGAUUGGGAAUUUCUGAAAAAUUUAUUACCAUUUUUCCAUACGUACAGUUUACCUGAGGUUACAAUCACAAUCUACUUAAAUCUGUAUCUCGAGCUCCAAAAAUCGUGUUCGUAAUUUCUGAGGAAUAAUGUAAACCCUUCAUAUUUCGAAAUGAUUCUUUACACACGUAUACUAAACGUCAAACAUUAUUCUGGAAGACUUGGACCUGGCUUAAAAAUAGAAUCAAAACUUUGAUAAAAAUUUAUCCAAUCAUGCGUAUGUGUACCAGUAUUUACAAAAUAUUUUAACCUAAGUACAAUUCAGAUAUUGCUAAAUCGACAUAGCACAUCUGAAGCCGAGAUUGCCAGCAGAAGUAUCAGGUGUGUUUUGACUGCGCGCAGCGCACCUGUAUCUGUAACAGUAACUCUCAUGACACAGAUACGAGCCUCCUUUUUUAACUUUGUCUGUACCACUUGAUGGUCCGACCUACAAAAUGUUGAUUGAUCAUGAAUUUGAGAAAUUUAACUACAAUUAUUACAUGGAAUGUAGGUGCUUGGCAUAAACUAUUAAGAAUACCAGUACUCGAAAUUGUGUAUCUUGACUUAGGACAAUCAUUUAGCAAUAAAUCAUAGCUUUUUUGAGAGUUUUUUCAAUUGCAACAUUCCUGUGUUAGAAUAGAAUUCAUUUUUGCAAGGGUAUUGGGUGUAUGUUAUCACAGGAAAGUUAUACUUACAGGAUUUUUUGCAGGUUUAUCACUGUGUUCAGUUACCCACCAAUCGGAAGUCCAUUCCCAGACAUUUCCAACCAUAUUAUAAAGUCCGUAACCAUUUGGUGGAAAUUCUGUGAUUGGUGCUGUCCCCUCAAAUCCAUCUUCAGCACUAUUAUUGCUAGGAAAAACUCCUUGCCAAAUGUUGGUCCUGCACGGAAAAAGUAAAUUAAAAUUCUAUACUAGUAAUAAGAUUAAAGAAAUAAUUGAUAAGUAACAUGUUUCUUAAAAGAAUCAUAUAAAUGUGUUGUGCGUAUUUUGUCAAAAAAAAAGAAGAAUAAUCAAGCAAUUGUCAAUGAUUUUUCAUUUAAAAAUGAAUGUGCGUCGCCGAAUUUGAGGAUGUAAUGAAAUAAAAAUUAAUCGAACAAUCGUAAUUCCAA